CUGGCUCCACGCCUCUUUGUCCACGCCCAUCCCCGAAACUGGAAGCGUAUAUAAGGAGGGUGGUCCUCAGACGCGCAACAAGUUUUGCCCACAGAUUUUCGUCUCGUCGUUUGUUCUGGACUCACCUUUGAAUAAAUCAAGAUGAAUUCCCGAAGCUUAGUGUGGAUACUAAUGAUGGCUGUCGCGGUCCAGGCUAGACCGUCUCCCCAGUCUGAUAAUUUUGGAGUCACCGAAGCCCUGGGCCAGGCCUCCGGUAUUGGGGCGACGCUGUUCUCGAGUGUCAUGACGACGGGUCGUGCCAUUGGAGAGCAACUUCGUGAUAUGGCUUCGGGCGCUUUGACCAGUGCUACCCAGGUAGCCCUCGGUGUCAACAACGCUGUGCGAGAGACGGCGGUCAGCGCCCUGGAAGGCACGCGCCAGGCUUUAGGAACUGGAGGAGAAUUCAUCGGGAGCUCUAUCAGGUCUGGUGGCAGAUUUGCCGCCGAUACCGUCAGAAGUGGUUUCCAGUCUACCCGCGACGCUACCAACGCUGCCGGUCAGUUUGUCGCCACUGUCGGCUCGAGUGCCCUCCAGUCCGGUAUUUCGACUGCCGAGUCAGCAGGGAAUUUAGCCAGAGGCGCCGUUGAGGGCGUAGGCAACUUAGCGAAUACAGCGGGUGAAACUGCAGGAAGGGUACUUUCCAGUGGCAUCGAGAACUUCAGUAAUCCUGGAAGAUUCUAAAAACAAGAGCUGAACUGGGAAAUGUCAAAUGCCACUCAUCUCCUUACGAUAACUUAUUGAUCGUCCGAACUGGAAGUCUUUCAGAUGCCUCUGUACUUUCCAGUUGUAUUAAGUACAAUUCUUUCCAGCGCUGUAAAUACUUAAGCUGAAAGAAAUUUUUAGCUGGGAAUAAGUUUCAUGAUCAUGAGCUGCACCAUAAUUAUGAUUAUGUAAAUGUAGCGUUAAAAUGACUCUAUCGACUAGAAUGUUAUAAUGAUAAAAAAAUAAUAUUAACCUAUUUUCAUGGCUUCAAGACUUUUAUUUUAUUUUUUACAGGAAUCAUGCCGUCAUUGUUGUUCAAAUAUUUGUAUAUUUCGUCGAAGGUACAUUUUUAUACUACAGACGUUUGUUUAGUCUAAUAAAUAUAACCGUAUUACCUUUA